AUGCCUGCCACUGCGCCUGUCAAUCAGGCCCAAGGGUGGAUGACCCCUCCGAUGAAGAAAGCGCUUCUCCUCGCCGCCCUUGCCGGCGCGUGUUCAUCAAUGCUCAUCAGUGCGGACGCGGUGGUCUUACCCUGUCGAGGCCAGGACUGUGGACCAUCCUCUUCGACCAUAUUCUCCCGCCAAAACGUGCAGCAUGUCUUGACGACGGGUGUCACUACUGGCACGCACAAUCGGCUUGAGAUCAACGACUUCAUCCGCAACAACCGACAAUGGUCUCUGUUCGUCCAGGCUUUGGCUUCGUUGCAGGAGGAUGACCAGAGUAGUCCCACGUCCUACUACCAGAUAGCCGGGCUGUACGGUCAACCCUUCAUACGUUACGACGGCUCCGGUAACCCUCGUCCUCCGCCCAAUACCUGGCCUGGUUAUAGUAUCCAUCACUCCGUGCUAUACCCCACUUGGAAUCGACUUCAUGUCGCGCUCUUCGAGCAGGCUAUCCAAGAGAGAGCUGUCGUGAUUGCGGGAAACUAUACCGACCCUGCGUUUCAAACCGCAGCGCAGGAGCUCCGCCUGCCAUUCUGGGACUGGGCGAACAACUCUUCCCCUCCGGGCCAGGUCGUCUCUGACGCACAGGUCAACUUUGUCUCGGCAAAUGGCUCGGUGCAGACGAUGACAAACCCUCUACUCGCGUAUCGUUUCCAUCAAGUUGAUGCAGAGUUUGAAAGUCCAUUCAAUACGGACCCGACUACCCUUCGUCAUCCGACUGGAUUUGGCACUGGGGCAAGAUCUGAUGUUGCAGCGCUCCAAGGGCAGCUGGCGUCUUCGCAAGACGACAUCAUGGCCAAGACCUACAACAUGCUCGCUCGCGUUAAGACAUGGUCCGCGUUCAGUAACAGCGCUUCGGGAGACGAUAAUAGCACGAGUAACUCUCUCGAGGCGCUCAGCGAUCUCGUGCAGUUGGAUGUCGGCGGACGCGCGGGGCAUAUGAGCGAUCCUACGGUGGCCGCUUUCGACCCCAUAUUCUGGUUACACCACGCGAAUAUUGACAGGCUGGUCUCGCUUUGGGAAGCUCUGAACCCUGACAUCUGGGUCUCGCAGGGUCAGUCUGGUGUUGGCUCCUGGACGCUGCCGCAGAAUGUAUCAGUCGACGCAAGCUCUGACUUGACGCCAUUCAGAAACUCAGACGCCACCUUCUGGGAUUCAUCCCGGAUCAUGACCACGGAACAGAUUGGGUACAGCUACCCCGACUUCAAUGGUAUCGACAUGUCAGAUCCUGGCACUGUGCGUCUGUCCAUCGCACUACAGAUCGCCGAACUCUACGGACCCGCCCGCGGAUCUAUCGCCAAUUCAACCGUGUCCUCCGAGUCAACCAGCACGAACUCUUCGGAAGCCGCACCUAGCAAUCAGUCAAGCUUUGACUGGACAGUCCGUGUGCAAUCGGCUGCGGGAGCGCUGGACGGCUCGUAUGCGGUGCUACUGUUCGUUGGUCCCAUACCCGAAGAUGUCGCCGACUACCGCGACUCGCCUGCCUUUGUCGGCUCGCACAGCGUCUGGACAUCUCGUGUCAUGCCCGGAGAUGAUGUCGUCGAGAGCUUCAUUCAUCUGAACAGCGCGCUCUCGAAUCGGUCCGGCCUGAACUCGACCGAUCCAGAGGUGGUCGAGCCGUUCCUCAUGCAGAACAUCGGCUGGCGCGUCGUCAAGGACGACGAAGUGCUCUCUGUCGAGCAGGUCCCGUCCCUCGACGUCCUGGCAUCCGCAACGCCCAUGAUGCUUGAAGCCAACGCUGCUCUGCCCGACUAUGGAGAGCCCCAACCUUAUCCGGCUAUCACAGCUGGUCAACUCGGUGGCCACGCAACUUCUUCGUAA